UCAUGCUGCGCUGCCAAGGUCCAGAGUGUGUCAUGGGUCCCUUUACGGCCUCUCAUUGCUGCAAUUGUCUCCAUCGCCACACUCUGCCAUGUGCCACUUUCAGGUCUCCUCACACUGCCUGGUGGGUUCCAUUUUGUCAUAGGGUGCUGGCAGAUUACGGGCCUCCCAUUGCUGCUGCCAGGCCCGUAAUCUGCCAUGGGCCCCCGUACCGACUCCUCAUGCUGCUGCCAGGUCCAGAGUGUGUCAUGGGUCCCUGUACGGCCUCCCAUUGCUGCUGUCUCCAUCGCCACACCUCUGCCAUGUGCCACUUUCAGGUCUCCUCACACUGCUGGUGGGAUCCAUUUUGUCAUAGGGUGCUGGCAGAUUACGGGCCUCCCAUUGCUGCUGCCAGGCCCGUAAUCUGUCAUGGGCCCCUGUACCGCCUCCUCAUGCUGCUGCCAGGCCCCUUAUACCAUAAUAAAGUCCCUUCCCUCACGGGAGUGUGUCAUGGGUCCCCUGUACGGCCUCCCAUUGCUGCUGUCUCC